AUGGCAUCACCUCUGCCCUGGCUCUACAUUCUUCUAUGGGUAGAAAAUAACCUAGGGACACUUGAAGAUGAAGGAAACUUCUACUCCAGAAACAUCAGUCGGAUCCUGGACAACUUGCUUGAGGGCUAUGACAAUCGGCUACGUCCAGGAUUUGGAGGUGCUGUCACUGAAGUCAAAACAGACAUUUAUGUGACCAGUUUUGGGCCCGUGUCCGAUGUGGAGAUGGAGUAUACGAUGGACGUUUUCUUCCGCCAGACUUGGACUGAUGAGAGGUUGAAGUUUGGGGGGCCAACUGAGAUUCUGAGUUUGAAUAACUUGAUGGUCAGUAAAAUCUGGACACCUGACACUUUUUUCAGGAAUGGCAAAAAAUCAAUUGCACACAAUAUGACAACCCCUAAUAAACUCUUCAGAAUAAUGCAGAAUGGAACCAUUCUAUAUACCAUGAGGCUUACCAUCAAUGCUGACUGUCCCAUGAGGCUGGUUAACUUUCCUAUGGAUGGGCAUGCUUGUCCACUCAAGUUUGGGAGUUAUGCUUACCCCAAAAGUGAAAUCAUAUAUACUUGGAAAAAAGGACCACUUUACUCUGUAGAAGUCCCAGAAGAAUCUUCAAGUCUCCUCCAGUACGAUCUGAUUGGACAAACAGUAUCUAGUGAGACAAUUAAAUCUAACACAGGUGAAUACGUAAUAAUGACAGUUUAUUUCCACUUGCAAAGGAAGAUGGGCUACUUCAUGAUACAGAUAUACACUCCUUGCAUUAUGACGGUCAUUCUUUCCCAGGUGUCCUUCUGGAUUAAUAAGGAGUCUGUCCCGGCCAGAACCGUAUUUGGGAUCACCACUGUUUUAACCAUGACCACAUUAAGCAUCAGUGCUCGGCACUCCUUGCCAAAAGUGUCGUAUGCAACCGCCAUGGAUUGGUUCAUAGCUGUUUGCUUUGCUUUCGUCUUCUCAGCUCUUAUUGAGUUUGCGGCUGUCAACUACUUUACCAAUCUUCAGACACAGAAGGCCAAAAGGAGGGCACAGAUUGCAGCUUCACCCCCAGUGACAAUAUCAAAAGUGAGAGAACCUUUGGAAGCUGAGAUUGUUUUGCAUCCUGAUUCCAAGUAUCACCUGAAGAAAAGAAUCACCUCUCUGACCUUGCCAGUAGUUCCAUCCCCUGAGGCCAGCAAAGUCCUCACUAGAGCUCCUAUCUUACCAUCAUCACCUGUCACACCCCCACCACUCUCUCCAGCCUUUGGAGGCACCAGUAAAAUAGACCAGUAUUCUCGGAUUCUCUUCCCAGUUGCAUUUGCAGGAUUUAACCUUGUAUACUGGGUAGUUUACCUUUCCAAAGACACGAUGGAAGUGAGCAGCAGUGUUGAAUAG